ACAACAAUGUUUUUGCAGGAUUGAAAACAGAAUUCUAUUAUUGCAAUUGUUUGUUUAUAUAAGUUAAGAAAUGAAAAUUUCAACUUCGUUCGCUUUUAUUUUACUUCUAACCAAGUUUGAUGAUGGUUGUACGAUGACAGCAACAGAGCCAUCGCACGAAGCGGAAAAUAAAACUCUGAACUUUUCGACGUAUAAAAACUGUGUGCCGUACCGAGGCAAAACUAUAACUCCACGUUCAGACGAAAUAUUGUGUUGUAAUACAACGUACGAUGAGUUCACCCGUCGAUGGUACUUUGGACAGAUGUACCUCAGUGAAGUAUUCGAAAGUCUUCGGGCUUGGAAAUGUCCACAGUUCGAAUCCGAGUGCAGGCAGCCGAUUUUUGCCUUCACAGAUUUCACACGGCUGGUAUAUAAACGGGCAUGCAACUAUACCGACUUUAAAAAGACCUGCUUGAAUACCGUGAAAGAUUUCGUCGACCCAAGCAACAGUUCUGGACUUACAUCUAACGACUCAAAUGAAUGGUCAUUAAUCUUACGUGAACUUAGCCAGCAAAGUGUGCCAAUAGAUCCAGCACCCCCGCCGUGCGUGCAAGUUGCAUUAUACGAUGCUGGUCGAAAAUUUGGCGAGUAUUACGAAGCAAUUUCGACGUUUUUACCAUUCUGUGGUAUACUAUGGUGCGGUACUGCUGCAAAUUCAAGCAUGACACGUUCGUUUUCAUUGUGGUCAUGCAUGAACACCGGAUGCAGAGCAAGUAUUAUGAUUUCCUUCAUCAUUAUCAUCCUGCUUGCCACUAUGACGAUUUUAGUAAACGGAUGCGUAAUAUUGGUCUUUAUCAGGAACAAAAAGUUGCUCAACAGUCAAGGAAUUUACAAAACGUCAUUAGCGUGCGCUGAUUUUCUAGUGGGGGCGUUUGUGUUAACCACAUGCGCGCAUAGUCUGUAUAGUUUUCCUAUGACAGGCAGAAACACGGGGCAAGCGUCAUCCAACUUUGAAGUCGGGCCUCUGAAGUCUGUUUUUAACGAUUCGUACAUGAUGGCAGUCGGUUUUGUCACAACACUUUCAAUUUCGGUUUCGAUUUACAGCUUAAUGCUGGCGAGCUUUGACCGGCUUUCGGUCGUAAGAAAACCGUUAAAGUAUAACCUGGCAUCUGCGAAAGAAUUUUCGAUACGCGCCACGCUCGUCUUAUGGUGCGUGGCUUUGCUUUUCUCCGUACUACCGUUCAUGGUACAUAGCUUACGUUUUAGCAUUGUAGCCUCGCUUUUGGUCGCAUCGUCCGGUUCCAGCGCUCUUAUAGUUUACUGUUUUUCAUUUGUUAUCCCUCUAAUAACGACCUGGGUCGUUACGGCAGCAACAUGCUACUACUCGUUCAGCCACGCCAGGGAGCGAAUGGCAAACGAUUUUAAAACGGAGUUCAAAUUGGCGAAAACACUUAUUAUAAUGGUUAGCGUUUUUAGCCUGAGUCUUUCACCCACAAUAUGCUCGCUUGUUGGGGGUUUGCUAGCCCGUGGAAUAUAUUACCACCGUCCAGGGUCUCUGGUCCCAUCUGCGGCCUCAGUUUACGUCAGUUUUGAAUUUGUUUCAGUCGUUAUAUUACUGGCUAACAGUUCUUGGAAUUUUUUUAUCUACAACGCAAGAAAUGAAAGUUUUAAAACAGCAACGCGUCAGCUUUUCAAGGUUCCCGAAAGUAUUUCCAAUACAGCUCGGGUUUCAGCUACUACUGUGACUACGGCAAACUAA